UAUGUUGGAGUACUGUGCACGCACGUGCGGCAGAGAAGUUUCUCACGUAUAAUGUAUUCGCGCUCUGUACAUCUCUGUGCACUUUUUUUCCAUCUCAAGUUUCUCGCUGUUAUACAUUGGGAGUUGAAAUGAACUGAACUCCCGCCGAACUCUUGGAUCUCUUUCUCUCUAUCGCUACUCUGAUCAGGGAUAACUUGUGGUUAUUGGAAGUUUAAGCGUAAUGGCAACGAAGCUCUCGACGUUGUUUCUGAGCUCUGGAUUUGGUUCUUUGAGCGGAAAACUAGCGGAUAAUUCACAGUUUCCUCACUCUUCCCGUUACUUGCUUAAUGCUUCAUGUAAAAUGCGACCUCGCAAUCUCAGUUCCCGGCGCAAGAGGAAACAAUUGAAGAAAGCCUCCUAUGAACAUUUGUCAGUGCAAGCUGAUUUUCAUCCAAAUGAUGACGAGGACUCUGAAACUGAAAUUGUGGUGGAGAGGGUUCCAAUUUUGAAUCAGGAGAGCUUGUCUAGUGCUGUUGUCAACACUAGCUUAGCUGUGCAGCAUGUUAGCGAGAAAGAAAUAAGUGGUCUAACUGAACCUUCGGUAAAUCUGAAAUUUCAGACCGAGAAAGUUGACAUUGAAGGAUCAAAUACAGGUGUUCAACUUGAAGAUUUGAUUGGGAUGAUAAAAACUGCAGAGAAAAAUAUCCUUCUACUCAACCAAGCUCGGGUUCAUGCCCUGAAAGAUCUUGAAAAGAUCCUUGCUGAAAAGGAGGAAUUGCAGAGAGAGAUCAAUGGUUUGGAAAGGAGAUUAGCAGAAACGGAUGUUCAAAUUAAAGCGGAUGACCAAGAAAAGGUACACGUGGAGCUGUUGGAAGACCAAUUUGAAAAGUUGCAGAAGCAGCUAAAUUUCAGUGGUGGUACUGAACUCAGCGACCUUGGUCUGCAUGGAAACCAGAACAAUGUUCUUACUGAUUCUCUUACUAAGGAGCUUCAUUUACUGAGGUCAGAAAAUGUCAUCCUGAAGAAUGAUAUACAAACACUCAAGGAAGAGUUGAGUAAUGUUAAGAAUGCCAAUCAACAUCUGGUAUUUUUGGAAAAAGAACGGUCAGUUUUGGAGGGUUCGCUGAAAGACUUGGAGCUUAAGCUGUCAACCUCUCAAGAAGAUGUUUCAGAUCUGUCUGCCCUGAAAGUUGAAUGCGAGGACUUGAGGAAGAGGGUAGAAGAUUUGCAAAUCCUGCAAGACAAGGCAACCAAGCAGGAAGAACAAGCUAUUCUGGUCUUGCAACAUAACCAAGAGCUCCAAGAAAAGGUUGAGAAAUUGGAAGAAUCCCUUGAAGAAGCUAACGUCUUAAAAUUGUCUUCAGAAAAGUUUCGGCAAGACUAUGAACUAAUGCAACAAAAAAUAGAUCUAUUGGAGGAUCGCCUUCAAAGGUCUGAUGAAGAAUUGCAGUCUUAUAUCAAAUUAUAUCAGGAAUCUGUGGAGGAGUUUCAAGAUACACUGGAUACCGUCAAAGAAGCAAGCAAGAAAACAGCAGUAGAUGAGCCUGUAAAUGAUAUGCCUUUGGAGUUUUGGAGUCGUCUAUUGCUAUUGAUCGAUGGUUGGUUACUUGAAGGGAAAAUAUCGAAUGAAGAUGCUAAACUGUUGAAAGAGAUGACAUGGAAGAGGGAUGCACGCAUUUAUGAUGCUUAUAUGGCUUGCAAGGAAAAGAAUGAACUUGAGGCCGUGGCUAUCUUUCUUAAUCUGACAUCAUCUCCUAAACGUUCAGGACUCUAUGUCAUCCACAUUGCAGCAGAAAUGGCACCAGUGGCUAAGGUUGGUGGUUUGGGUGAUGUCAUCACUGGUCUCAGCAAAGCGCUGCAAAGGAGAGGGCAUCUUGUGGAAAUUGUUCUUCCUAAAUAUGAUUGCAUGCAGUACAAUCUUAUUAAAGAUUUAAGGCUCCUGGAUAUGGUGCUUGAGUCGUACUUUGAUGGGCGGUUGUUCAAAAAUAAGAUAUGGGUUGGCACUGUUGAAGGUCUUCCCGUUUACUUUAUUGAGCCUCAUCAUCCUGAUAAGUUCUUCUGGAGGGCUCAGUAUUAUGGGGAGCAUGAUGACUUUAAACGUUUUUCAUAUUUCAGCCGUGCUGCACUUGAGUUACUCCUACGGGCUGGCAAGAGACCUGAUAUAAUACAUUGCCACGAUUGGCAAACAGCAUUCAUUGCUCCAUUAUAUUGGGAUUUGUACUACCCGAAAGGAUUGAAUUCUGCAAGAAUUUGUUUUACUUGCCACAACUUUGAGUAUCAGGGAACCGCCCCUGCUUCAGAUUUGGCUUCUUGUGGCCUUGAUGUUGACCAGCUAAACAGACAAGACAGAUUACAGGAUAAUUCUGCUUAUGAUAGGAUCAACCCUGUUAAGGGUGCAGUUGUCUUCUCUAAUAUUGUCACAACAGUAUCACCCACCUAUGCUCAAGAGGUGCGGAGAGCUGAGGGAGGACAUGGUCUCCACUCAACGCUUAAUUUUCAUUCGAAGAAAUUCUUUGGCAUUCUUAAUGGAAUUGAUACUGAUGUGUGGAAUCCUACUACCGAUUCAUUUAUCAAAGUCCAAUAUAAUGCAAAUGAUCUUGAGGGGAAGGCAGAAAAUAAAGAUGCUAUAAGAAGGCAUCUAGGGCUGUCUUCUAUUGUCAGAAAACCUCUGGUGGGCUGCAUAACAAGAUUGGUGCCCCAGAAGGGUAUACAUCUUAUCAGGCAUGCAAUAUACAGAACGUUGGAGCUGGGAGGACAGUUUGUUCUUCUGGGUUCAAGCCCAAUUCCUCAUAUUCAGAGGGAAUUUGAGGGUAUUGCUAAUAAUUUCCAGAGCCAUGAUCAAGUUCGGUUGGUGUUGGCAUAUGAUGAGUCUCUUUCUCAUUGGAUUUAUGCGGGAUCUGAUAUGUUGAUAAUUCCAUCUAUCUUUGAGCCAUGUGGCCUCACUCAGAUGAUUGCAAUGCAAUAUGGUUGCAUUCCUAUUGUACGGAAAACUGGCGGGCUGAAUGACAGUGUCUUUGAUGUUGACGAUGAUACAAUUCCAGCUGAGUUGCGAAAUGGAUACACAUUUUUGACCCCUGAUGAGCAGGGGUUGAAUAAUGCACUGGAACGUGCCUUUAACCACUACAUUAAUAACCCAGGCGGUUGGCAGCAGCUGGUUCAGAAGGCCAUGGACGUAGAUUUCAGCUGGGAAACUUCCGCUUCGCAGUAUGAGGAUCUUUAUUCAAAGUCAGUGGCACGAGCAAGAGCAGUUGCCGCAGGUCGUGCAUAAGGAAAACGUCACUUCUAUUUUUGUUUUUUCAAUCUGUUAUUCAUACUCUAGAGUUCCUCCAUGGAGAGUGCCAGAGCAAACUGUGGUGGAAUAUAUAAUCAUCAAUUUGGUGGCUGAUCCAUGCUUGCUGCGAUGGAAACCUCUGAAUUGGUCACUGAUGAAAACAAAUUCAUGUACACUAGACGGGACACUUAGUCCCUUCUGCCGAAAGGAGAGCUUGAUUAUCAUGAUGGCAACGGCUAUCAUAAUUCAUGGACCUGCUUUUCUUGCUAUAAGGCCAGGGGGAAACCUGCCAUUGUUUUACCUUUUUUUUAUUAUUAUUUUUUUUUACCGAUAUGUAGAUAAUAAUAUUUUGUACAUUAUAAUAGUACUCAGAAUCUUUACCUUGAUCUUUGAAUACAACUUUACCCAAAAUUCAAGC